GAAGCACUUAUGGCUAUUGGUCACGUACUAGGGGCACGCGUGAAGAGCUACAAACAGCUGGAGGGGAAACAUUUCUUCACUUCUGUUAACUGUUUGCACAGAUCAACAUGGGUCUUGGUUCCAUUAUCGUUGCUCUUGCGGUUUUCGGCGCCUGCCACGGGCUUGACAUGACGAAGCUGAAGCCAUACAACCUGACCGCCGAGCUGAUGUUUCUCACGGAGGACCUGAACCAAGACGGCAUCAUGACCAUCGCGGAGAUAGACGCAGUCUUCGACAAAUACGACGCCAACGGCGACGGCCGUGAGACGCGAAACGAGUACACGAUGUACAUCUGCGGCACGGACCCGGACCUGUACCAGCUGAGCCACUACCUGUAUGACGACUAUGACGUGGACGGAGACCACCACCUGGACAAGCACGACUACGAGGCAUUCCAUCUCAAGAUGGACUCCAACGCUGACGGUCAAGUGGAUAAAACUGAAUUUGUCGUAUAUUGGGUUCAUCUUUUCGAAAAGUACGAAGGAAUGGGAGUCCAUGGUCAGGGUGGACACUGUCACUAAACAACGUCGCUGUUGUACAUUCGGCACUAAAACCCGUCUUAUUUGUAUAAGCUCUUUGUCAUGUUGUGUAUUCGGUAAUACAUCUUUGAUCCACA